UGACCACAAUGAUUAGUUACAAGGGACCAGUAUAAAGCUGAACACACAUACACACUCUCACACUCGGCUCACGAGGUCUCUUUAUAGACGCCUGGGCUUUUGUAGAACAAGCUUGUUGAAGAAUAUGGGUCAGUGUGGUCUAAGAUCCACCGAUAAGCAAAUGCUUUGCCUCGGAUCAAGAGGAUCGAUGUGCGAGGACUUGACCAGGUCUUUCGAAAUGACCCCCGCUAUUCGGGUCUUCAAGAACGGGAUGUGCCUUGUUUCACGCCUGAAGAGGUGCCUGGGUGUCUCCAAGGAGCAAAGAAAGCGCAGCUCGCCAAGGAAGAUCAGGAGAAGCAGCUGCAACUGUAUGGCGCUUGUUUUCGUCGAGGACCUGGCUGGAGGAGUUUGGAUGACGCCAGAGGAAAGCAGGGGAAGAACAUGAGAAGGAUGAAAAUACAGACUUUGGUUUCACCUUUAAGAUCAUCAUGUGAUGUCAUCGGUGAUGACGCUUCUGUAGCGGUCUAGCAGGCCUGAAGGCCAGGAGAGGAAACGUGCAUGGCUGGAAUCAUGUGAUGCAUUAAUUCCAGUGUGAAGAAUUUUUUUUUUAAUUCCUUUAAUUUUUGGAGUUGAGGAAAGUGUUGGACCAGAAUUCAACAGUGUCAUUAGUCCAACAUUCAUUCCUUUCUACUUUCUUUCUUCCUUUCUUUCUUUGGAAUCUUGGGAAAUUAUUUGAGGACUUUUGGGUAUGAAAAUGUUGUAGUAUGUCAAUUUAUGUAGAUUUAUAUCCAACAAAACCUUUCAUCUAUGGAAAAUUUCAGGCAGGUUCCAAAGAAUCUUUUGGCUAAAAAAAACACGUGUAUUUUGAUAAUUUUGGUCCACAAACAUUUAAACCGAACUUGAAGAAAUUUGAGAAGUUUACUUUCUCCACCAGUUUGCUUCCUAAAACGAUGAGUGAUAAAUGUAUGAAUUAAUGACAUAAACAUUAUAAUUUCAGUGCAAGACAAAAUGUUUUCCUGCCUAAACACCUCUUCAAAAAAAGGUUCCUCGAGAAAUUCUUGGCUAAAUAGAUUUUACAUAGCGAAUCAAUCAGGGCUCCCUACAAAACCUUUGGCUCUAAAAGAACCAACCAAAGAACCAUUCAGGGUCUUCAGUUUAAAUUUGGACACAAAUGUCAAGCAUGAGAUGGUUUUCACCCACUGUGUUAAAUAAUUAAGGAAUGUAUGUGGUGAUGCACGAUAAAUAAGUAAAGCAGGAAAUGGACCCAAAAUAAACAUAGUUUGGGCCAUUGAGUUCUAUGUUUUGGAGCUAAUGGUGGCCGUGUAAUGGAAGUAUAAGAUAUACAGCACUUCCUGAGGGAGUCACCAUAAUACUUUGACCCCUUCGCCUUAUCAUAAAGCUCUAAAAUGUGAUAAGUGAGCUAGGACAUGGGUAAUAAAUCAACCAGUGAGGAGGAAAAAUCAACACUUUGUUUAAACAAGGCAGCAAGCUUGAGUUCCUGCACAUGGGCCUAAAAGGAUCGAAGUUCCCCAAUGCUCGCAUUCUCCUCCUGGGCCUGGAUGGAGCCGGGAAAUCUACGCUCCUCUUUAAACUCAAGUACAACGAGUUCUUCCAGACUGUCCCGACCAUCGGCUUCAACGUGGAAAUGAUGGAAGCGAAGCAGAACAGAAAGAAGAUCACGCUAACUGUAUGGGACAUCGGAGGACAGGAGAAGAUGAGAAAGUACUGGAAAAGUUACUAUGAAGACACAGCCGGGAUCCUGUUCGCUGUUGACUGUGGGAACCGGAGGCGUCUGGACGAGGCAAGGCGAGAACUGGAGCGUGUGCUGAAGAACGAGCACCUCCGAGGACGUCCUGUAGUCAUUCUGGCUAACAAGCAGGAUAAAGAAGGAGCCUUGACUGCAGCAGAACUCACGGAGGCAUUUAACCUGAGGAAGAUCUUCAGCGACAGGGACUGGUUCGUUCAGCCGUGUUCAGGAAAGACCGGCGCUGGAAUUCCAGAAGGGUUCAGGAGGCUGGCACACCUGGUGAAGACCACCUCCGACAACAACAUUAAAGAGACGGUGAAGUAUUUAAAGAAGUCAGUGAGGAAGUAACAGUUGAACCAGUCGUGGUUCCGUGAUCCAGAACUUGUUUAUAGAUAAUUAAAAUAUACAGAAUCUGUGACCAUGGAAAAAUGUUUAUUUAAGAUAAUUAAUUCAUGAAAAUGUACUUAUUGAAUCAUGUGAUCUGUUUUUGUGAAAAUGUUUUCCAAAUGUUCUUCAUCAUUCAGUUCUUCACAUUUAGUGGAGCGUUAAUUUUCACCCGAUGAGUGAAUUUCUUGAAUUUCAUAUGACUUCUAUUUAUUUAUUUAUGUAAACCAACGAAUAUCUACAUGAAUCAUAUGAACGGUGUACUGAUCAAAGGCCAAGGUCCAAGUUUUAGUUCCAAGCUGAAUGUUCAGGUUUUGGUUUUUUUUCUUUCUUUUUUUUGUGUUCACUGUAUUUUUUCAACUCUUUCAAAUUUAACAUUAAAAAUAUUUAAAAAAUCCUAUUUUUGUAUAUAAUGCAUAUAAAGAUAUAAUCACAGCACUUGGUCAAUGAUGUAGCCAUUUUAAACACAAGAUAUCAAACUUAUUCUGACCAAAUAUCCAAUCAUUCUAACCAAAUUAUU